AUGGAUACCUCGUCUGACAGCUCAGAUCCGGAUGUUGCGUACGAAACAGUCACGCCAAACGAAGUGGAGCGGCUAGUUGGUUUUCCCAAACAUGCCUCUUCGACUGAUUCGGAAGACGGGAGCGAUCUUUCAUUUCAAAAAAACGACAGCCUCGAGAAUGGCCUUCCUCCCUUGCGAUUCCUCACCAAACCUGAUCAUAUUGGCAGUCCUAUUAUUUACCAGGACAAGCAAGCAGGAAAGCAACGCUUAUGUGUGCGCUCAAAGAUAUCUCCUUUACAGGAUAAAACCAACGUAUGUGCGAACGACCAAAAUCCGUUUAAAGAGGAUCGGCACAAAUCAAGCGUCGGUAAAAAGUUGUUGGUGUCAGAUUUGGUCAGCCACUUUGAUAAAGAAACAUUUUUGGAUCCUAAAAGCAAGUUCAUCAGCCGAAGAGAUGAGGCUCGUUUGCUAUCGCCCAUGCCACCCGAGUUGGAGCGAAAUAAAAGCGAUGCGUCUUCGCCAAGCAGCGACUAUAGAUCAUUUCCUGUAUACGAUCCAACUGCUAUUCCUCCUCGCCCAAAUGCGCUUCAAUCCCUUGUACCCAAUGAGGAUAGUACGGACAGCGGCAGCAGGGUCAGCUCUACGAAGUCUUGGCAACCACCUCAAAAAACUCCAGUUUCCCAUCAAGAAGAGAGUCUCUGUCGUCCCAAUACUCCCAUCGCCAAAUAUCCCACUACACCAAUCUUGGAACCACAAUAUAAUAGUACUGGAUUUCAACACUCGUCCGAAUACUACCAUUUGCUAGUGGAAAAAGACAAAGUUGAAUUGCGCUACCACAACCUGCUCUCGGAGCACAAGAGACUCAUAGAAAGAUUUCACUUUCUGAAAGAGGAGAGCGAGAAGUUGAAACGUCUCUCGCAAGCACUCAAUGAGGAAAGAAGUCGUGAACUGAAACGCUAUAAGGAGGCAAAAGCUUUUUAUGAGUCACUCGAGAAGAAGUAUGAUGUCGAUUUUAAAAUGCUGGCUAAAUUCAUCAGAAAUGCUUUUGAAGAUAUCAUAGGAGUACCGAUUGAUGGGUGUGAUACACCAGAAAACGAGAAAUCCCACCAUACCCAUUGUGUCAAACUUUUGGAAAUGCUGCGAGUCGCAAUCAGGACGAAAGAGCGCAUGAGCGUGAAAAGCCACGCUUCUGAUAUCCAGAUGCUUAGAAGAAGAAUGGAGCAUAUGGAGCUGGAUUCCAGUGAGAUCAAACAGCAGCGUCGAUACGCUAGUAAAUGGCUUGAGGCAACGUACUGUUCUCUUCUAGGUGUAUUGGGAGGCAGUGUAUUUGUACCCGACAAACAAGUCCUGCUCACGGUGGAUAAUAUUCAGCAGAAAAUACAGAAAGGCGCAGACAGAGAUGCCGAGUGGAUUCACAACGGAGUCAUUGCUGCGCUGAUACGUGAGUUGAAUGCUAGAUAG